AAGAAACGUAAUAACAUCAAGCUUUAUGUCCGUCGUGUAUUCAUCAUGGACGAUUGUGAAGAUUUAAUUCCCGAAUACCUUAACUUUGUUAAGGGAAUCGUUGAUUCCGAGGAUCUACCUCUAAACAUCUCUCGUGAAAUGCUCCAACAGAACAAGAUUCUUAAGGUCAUUCGCAAGAACAUCGUCAAGAAAUGUAUGGAACUCUUUUCGGAAAUUGCCGAAGACAAAGAAAACUUCAGUAAAUUCUAUGAAGCCUUUGCCAAGAACAUUAAACUCGGUAUUCAUGAAGACACACAGAACAGAGCCAAGUUGGCAGAUUUCCUUCGCUACUAUUCAACUAAGUCCGGUGAAGAGCUGACAUCCCUCAAAGACUAUGUCACACGUAUGCCAGAAAAACAAAAGGAUAUCUACUACAUAACCGGUGAAAAUCGUCAGGCCGUAGAGAAUUCACCAUUCGUUGAGGUUUUGAAGAAACGAGGUUAUGAAGUUUUACUUAUGACCGAUCCAAUUGAUGAAUACUCAGUCUCACAACUCAAAGAAUAUGAAGGCAAGAAGCUG